AUGCACGAGGACCCGUCUCAAGCAGCCCAUUCAGGAGAUUUCCUUGAUCAGAAUACGGUUGGAUUGAUGCAUCCGGACGAGUUCCACGUUCGUGUUCAAGAUCCCGCUGGUGCUACCCCGGCAACGCAACUCACAUCAAGUAAUCCUGAGCCUGAAAACCUGGGAGAUUCUAGUGAAAUAAUUCGGGAUGGUUCGACGGAAGCACAUCAGGUUCAUUUAGCUAACGAAGUCGCCCGAUUCGAGGGUCGAAAUCAAAGGAAGAACCGGCAGAUUGCCAAAACCAUUCGACGAACCGGAAUUUAA